AUGCGAAUAUGGCUUUGCUUACAGAGCGUGAUAAUAGCAGUUUAUUCUCAAGAAAAAGGAAUAGAUAUAAAGGGAAAUGCUAAUGUGACAGCAGAGGGUAAAAUAGUAGGUGGGAAGCCGGUGACUCGGCAGCAAUACCCUAGUGCUUGCCUCUUCUUCAAUGUUGGAGCGCAGUGUGCGGGCACCAUCAUCAAUACCUGGACCAUUCUUACUGCUGCCCACUGUUUUGAUGAUAACAAGGACAAAGAUCAAAUGGUAAUAGAAUUAGAAUCAAGAUAUUUGUAUGAUUUUACUGCGAGAGAAUAUGAUGUGAGCUCAUUCGUGAUUCAUGAAAAUUAUAAUAAAUCUGCCAAGUUUGCUUGCGACAUAGCACUGAUUUUCUUAAAGAAGCGGAUCAAGUUUGGCUCAAAAGCUAAAAAAGGAGUGCUAGUGAAUCACAAAAGAUGGAUGAAUGUGAAAGAAGAGAAAUUUGUUGCUACCGGAUGGGGCUGGACUUCGUACGGAGGACAAUUAUCGGAUCAAGGCCUAAUGAUGACCGAACUUCAGUUUGUCGACUCGAAAACCUGCAGCAGGAUGCAUAACGUAACAAUCACCCCUGACAUGUUCUGCCUGUAUGGGAAAGGUAUCCGAGACACUUGCAAAGGAGACUCUGGCGGAGGGAUUCUAUGGAACAACAUGGUCGUUGGAAUCACUUCUCAUGGGGACGGUUGCGCUCGUGUCAACAAACCGAGCGUCUACGCCAACGUAUUUUACUUCAGAAAAUGGAUCAGUGAUCAAAUCGAGAAUUUCAUGAUUAGGUAUUGUAAUAGAACGACAAAAAAACCAUAG